AAAUAUCGGGCGCCCGCUGCAAACACAACCACAAACAACUGAUAUCAACAAUGUUCAAAAUCAAAAUCAAAUCGCGCAAACAAAUCCAACGCGGAUUCCUAAAAUGACGCAAUUACCUCUUGUAAACGCAAAGCAAUCGCAGAAGACUAAAUUCGUGUCGUGUAUUAAAAUCAACGGAGUGCCCAUUUUACCGCCAUUGAUUACACCGGAAAAGCGCAAGGAACUGCGGCGUUUGAAGCGCGAGGCGAUAAAGGUCGAGAAACGCCUUCAACGCGAACGUGAACUUAAGCAAUACGUUUCAGAGUUGUACAACACAUGCACAACUGAAAUCAAUGAUGAACUACUAGUCAAUCAAGAAAUACAGACAUGUAUCUCAGACACAUUUGAAAUCACAGAUGAUGUUAAUAUAAUUAAUGUAACCAACACCAACGAAGUAUCAACAAAAGAAGCAUCGCCGAUUCAUGCAAAACGGAAACUUAGUUUCAACGUGCAAUGCACACAAUAUGUUAAUGAUGCAUUUAAAGUUGUUGUGUCUGAUGAAUGCAAGUCACCAGUAUUUUUAUUCGAAGGUAAUUUAACACCACCGCCAGCUGUACCUAAAUUAAUUCGCAGUAAUUCGUAUACACUGGACGCGCCAAGUCCUGCUCUGGUGGAAUUUUUCAAACGAAGAAAUAAUGCAGAAGAUGUAAGUGAAGCAACUUUAAUCAAAAAUGAUUUAGAAAUUACUUCCCUUGAUGCAACACCAAGAUCAGAUUAUUUAAAGAAGCCUGAUUGCACAUUGCAAUCUGAACUAAAUACUUCCAUAGAUUGUUUUGAUACGUCUAGAACUGAAACAGAGUUAAAGAAUUUAUCGGAUUGUGAAAGUCAUCUUCCGAUAUCCGAAGGUUUACAAGAGUUUAUCGCCAAUAAUGUGCCGGCGAAUAAUGCGCGCUGUGAUUAUGAUCAAAUGUCGCAAAGGUCUGAGAAUGUAUCGAGUGAGGCGCACUCGGAUUGGAAUUCGAUUUUAAAAAAGAUUCCAUCUGCUUACUCGCGUCAGAUUCUUGAGAUUUUGGAGCGACAACAAAUGAAUCACGAUAAUUACGACUCGUGUGAUACUUUUGAUGAUAUACAUUUGAAUCCGGAACAGUAUUCCACACCCCAGAACACAACACAAGUUGGAGAUACUGUUUAUUAUAGUGCUGAUGAACAAUCGACGAUUUCAAAAGGGAAGCAGAAACUAACACGUGAACAAGCUGCGAAUAUAAUAACGGCGGCUGCGAAGGGAUUUCUUGUUAGACGUUUGAUGAAGACCGAAAAGGUUGAGUAUUUGAUUCAAACUAUCAAUGAAGCUGUCUUAUGCGCCAUGCAAUUGCAUCAUGACACGUUAGAUCACAUUGAAGAAGCUGAUGUUGAAUUGCACCGCAGAUUAAUACAACAGGUUUCUGCAGCUUGUUAUUCGUUUCAUAAUGUAUUUUUUGCCACGUCAAUACAAGAUCAAAUGUCGUUUAUCGCGGUCGAUCGACAAAAGAAAGCAGAAAAGAUGCGUCGCCUUUCUGCCACCAAUAGUAACGCUUCCAUUAAGUCGCAGCAGUCACAAAAGUCAAGCAGAAGUCAAAAAUCACCCGCAAGCUCGAGACAACGACAAUUUUCGCUGCGUUCUUAAACUAAUUCGUUUCUAUAGACUGAAUUUUAGUGCCUUAACAAAGAAUUGAUUCAUUCAAGUGCUUGUGGAAACAAACUAAUUUUUUACUGGAUUGUGUUCAAUUAAUUUUUAAUAUUUUAUAUAAUUGCACAUUUGUAGGCAACCCAAUUUACAAGAUUCAAAUAACACAUGCAAUAAAAUUGUUUUAAACAAUCUUUACAAUACGAAUAUAAGGAAUGUAAGUGCACGUAAUUGAAAUGUGCUUUUAAAUGAAUUCGGGUUUGUAUUUUAAAAAGUUAUAGCAAGCUUGAAGGUCAAAUUAUCACAUAACCUUAAAAAUUUCGUAACAUUGAGUUCUUUAAUGUGCGCUUUUGCACGCUUGAAAAUAGUGAUAGUGAUUGUGCAUAAUUAUAAUAAUUAAUGUGUUGUGCCGGGCAUAAUGUACGAACAACUGAAGGGUACCAAACUGCGGCAGUUUCUAAUUCUGCACUGCAGAAUAAUCUUGUACAUAUCUGGCAUUCACUAUCCAAAGUGGCCAAAGUACAUUUACCCAAUUUUCAUGCUACUAAAGUACAUAAAACUUAGAAAAGCAAAGACACACUUCAAGUUACAUGCCGUGCCGACAAAUUUUAUUGUCCACACAACAUCUAAUAAUCAUUUAGUGGAUGCUAACAACUGUAUUCUAAUUAAUUUAAUGUAUCACAGUGCCAUUUUAAAUUCAGCUGAGUUUGCUCAAUUAAAAUUUGGUAAUCUAACUAGACUGGUGCAGGUUGUACCCACAGAGGCAUUAGAAUUAAAUUCUAAUGAAAUCCUGGUGAGUUACACAUUGAAACACAAUUUGAAGAAUAUUGGCUGUGAUGAUACCAUGAAAACAUGCCAGGUGUUGCCAGUAAAUAUAAAUAUCAUUAAAACUGCUGCAGAAGUGCAUUUGGCUGGUGUAACCUGCCAACAAGUACUAGCAAAUUCGGUCACUGACAUUAUAUUGAAGAGUUACUUUAGAAAUCCGAAACUUGUCUACAAAAACGAUUUGAUUCCUAUAAGUUUAAAGCAGCAUGCUGCUGAAUUCCACUAUACAAAUUUAACUUGCAAUGAAGUAGAUGAAAUGUACUUCAAGUGUCAGCAGAUUAGUAUUGAAGGUGUUAGUGAUUGCAUUGAUGGAUAUUUUUGUGUAGUUGGAGGAACUACUUUAACAUUGGCAGCUGAAAUUCAAUCAAGUUUGCCUCAAACAGUCAAUAUUAUGAGACAGAACUUGUGUGAUAGUAAACAUGACCAACUUGUGAUUAAUUCAUGCCCGUAUGGGCUUGAAACGUACUUAAACAAGCUUGAAAUUGCUUCAAAACCUUUUUUAAACAAUGUGAAAUUAAAGUUAAAUCCAAUGUUUUUAAUAACGGGCCCAAAAGGCAGCGGCAAAGCCCAGAUUUUAUCCAGUUUGAGUCAAAAGUUGGGGAUGAAGAUGUGCCGUGUUAGCAAUGUCGACCUCAGUGCGCAGGCGUACGCACAGACUGAAAUUAAAAUUAAGAACGCCAUGUUUCGCGCAAAAGUUUGCGCGCCUUGCAUGCUGGUUAUAAAUAAUUUUGAGGAGUUUUGUAAAAACAACGAAGGACAACACGAUCCACGCAUCAUAAAUCAUUUCAAAACCGAACUUGAUCUUCUAUUUUCGUCAACUGAACAACCAAUUGUUUUAAUUUGUGUGAGUAAUUCAAAAGAAUUACCAUCUGACUUGGGGCGCAUGUUUUUGGAAACUAUCAAAAUAAACGCUCCUAGUCAAGAAGAACGCGAAUUACUUCUUAGCUGGAUUCUUGCCAAUGAAAGUUUAACCUCUGAUUAUGUCAAAGACAUUGCUGCAAAAACUCACGGUUUUUUGUUUGAAGAUUUGAAGGCGUUAGUUCAUUUUGCAAAUGGCCGCCAAGUUGUUACUGCAAACGAUUUUGAAUCCGCGUUAGACAUAAUGCAAAAUAGUUAUACUGAAAGUUUGGGAGCGCCUAAAGUUCCGAAAGUGCAAUGGUCCGAUGUGGGUGGCUUGGAGGACGUUAAACAGGAAAUUAUCAAAACGAUAAAUUUACCGCUUAAACAUCCAGAACUGCUGAAAACUGGUUUAAAACGUUCGGGUAUUUUAUUAUAUGGUCCGCCGGGCACUGGAAAAACUCUCAUGGCCAAGGCAGUUGCCACCGAAUGCGGUUUAUGUUUUCUUUCUGUCAAAGGACCUGAGUUAUUGAACAUGUACGUAGGACAAUCAGAACAAAACGUCCGGGAAGUUUUUGAAAAGGCGCGUUCCGCCGCACCAUGCAUCAUAUUUUUUGAUGAACUGGAUUCCCUAGCUCCGAAUCGUGGUAUUUCCGGUGAUUCCGGCGGUGUAAUGGACCGCGUCGUUUCACAACUUUUAUCAGAGAUGGAUGGACUUAAUCAAAACGCAACUAUAUUUGUUAUUGGGGCUACAAAUCGCCCGGAUUUAAUUGAUCCGGCUUUAUUACGUCCCGGCAGGUUUGAUAAACUGUUAUACGUUGGGCCCUGCACUGAUGCAUCUGCAAAACUCGGCGUUCUUCGUGCCUUGACUCGCAAAUUUAAGUUUUCUGACAAAUUGAGUUUGGAAAAAGUCGUCAAGACGUGCCCUGCAAAUAUUACAGGCGCAGAUUUCUACGGGAUUUGUUCCAGUGCUUGGAUGUCAGCCGCCAGUCGAUUAAUACGAAAAAUCGAAAAAGGAAAACUUGCAGGCAGUGAAAAUCUAACGCAGAAUGAUGUUAUCGUCACUUUUAAAGAUUUUGACGAUGCUAUUAAGAGUACGAAACCUUCGGUAAAUGCUUCCGACAUGGCGUACUUCGAGAAACUUCGGCAUGAACUGAGCACGAAAUAAAACGAAAACAAUCGAAGUCGUCCUUCCGAAAGUUCGGGACUUGUCUCGGCUGAUAACAUCGUAUUGCCAUGACACAGACGAUGAACUCUAGGAUUAUUCGCUUCGAUUGCCAUCGCGCUGUUAUGUGGCGCUGCCGGAAAGUCCGUUGUGCGCUGUUUACGUCCAGCCCGUCUAGGAAAUGCGCUGCAAUCGUUGUUGAGUGUUAUUAUUGUUUUGGAUUACAUGCAUCGGAUUGAAAAGCA